AUGGGGGAGAGGGCGGCCGCUGUGUGGCGUGUGCAGAGGGGCAGUUCAGUACUGAGACUGGGUUGGCCCCCUGCUGGCAGUGCACUCGUUGUAUUCUGCUAAACCGCCAGGAGAGAGCAGUGUGCUCACCCAUCAACAAUGCCCAGUGUGGCAACUGCCUCCCAGGGUAUUAUAAGCUCAGAAGUAGGAGUGGGGACGUGGACCUGUCGUGCAUGCCCUGUUACAGCCCAACAGGCAAGAUCCGGAAAGAGUGUUUACCUUUGCAGUGGAAACACACCUCCACAGCAGUGACGCUGAAUACGGUCCAAGUCUCCAUGGCUCUUAUUGGUUCAGUGACUUCCGCCUCAAUCUUCCUACUGCUUCUGUUGCUUUGGGCCUUACUACUGAUCAUUGAGAGAUUCGAACAGGUUCCAAAGUAUUGUCCUGAAGGUCUACAUUUUGAAGUAGGCACAGCCUUCCCACGGAAUACACUCCUCUCUAACACCACAGAGACUGGAGCGAUACCAUCAAUUACCCCACCAGAGAGUCCUGGACCAACCCAGGACGCCCACCACAGAUGCCUAAGCUCACUGAGCCGUGAAGGUGAAGUGCAUCCCACCUCUAUUGUCAUCAAUGUCACCACCAACAUCAAGCCAUCCCUUCAACAUGGAGGUGAAGACGGCCCCUGGGAGGGUCAGAGAGGACACUGUCACACACCAGAGGAGAUGGAACAAAAACUGUUGGAAAUCUGCACAGUUUCUCAAGGUCAGAGUCUGGAGGAGCUAAACUAUGACACAGUCCAGGACCUGUCUCUGCUGCUGGACUCAGGGGGCUGUGGCCGGGGCAGCGGGGUGAGAAGGCUGGGCUAUUCCCUGGGUGUCACCCCGGAGGUCCUUUCUAACCUCCAUGGCUUCCAGGAUCUCUUCCAGUACCUGCGCACCUCCACCUACAUCCUACUGCCCCAACUGGCCCAGGCCGCCGCCCUCCUGCCCCGCCCUGACGUUGUUGCUAGGAUACACCGUGGUCUGGUGGCCAAUCACACAGAGAUAUCCAGGCCCUAGGGACAUGUUGCCAAUCCCAUCUUGGCCUGUGUGACAUACAGUGCAUUUGGAAAGUAUUCAGACCCUUGACUUUUUCCACAUUUUGUUACGUUACAGCCUUAUUCUAUGAUGGACUCAAUUGUUUUUCCCCCUCAUCAAUCUAAACACAAUACCCCAUAAUGACAAAGCAAAAACAGGCAUUUAGAUUUUUUUCCCAAAAAAACAUUAAAUAAUAAUGACUGAAAUAUCACAUUUACAUAAAUAUUCAGACCCUUUACUCAGUACUUUGUUGAAGCACCUUUGGCAGCAAUUACAGCCUCAAGUCUUCUUGGGUUUGACGCUACAAGCUUGGUGCACCUGUAUUUGGGGAGUUUCUUCCAUUCUUCUCUACAGAUCCUCCCAAGCUCUGUCAAGUUGGAUUGGGAGCGUCGCUGCACAGCUAUUUUCAGGUCUCUCCAGAUUUGUUCAAUCGGGUUCAAGUCCGGGCUCUGGCUGGGCCAUUCAAGGACUUGUCCCCAAGCCACUCCUGGAUUGUCUUGGCUGUGUGCUUAGGGUCGUUGUCAUGUUGGAAGGUGAACCUUUGACCCAGGUCCUGAGGUCGUGGGGCAAAGGUCAUGAGCGCUGACGUCUUGAACAUUUUGGAGCAGGUUUUGUACUUUGCUCCGUUCGUCUUUCCCUCGAUCCUGAUUCGUCUCCCAGUCCCUGAGAAACAUCCCCACAGCGUGAUGCUGUGGUGCUCUGUCACCAAGGCCCUUCUCCCCCGAUUGAUCAGUUUUGCCAGGCAACCAGCUCUAGAAAGAGUCUUGGUGAUUCCAAACUUCUUACAUUUAAGAAUGAUGUCCAGUGUUCUUCCUGCAGAAAUGUUUUGGUACCUUUCCCCAGAUCUGUGCCUCGACACAAUCUUGUCUCGCUCUACGGACAAUUUCUUCGACCUCAUGGCUUGGUUUUUUAUUUUACAUGUUUUAUUUAUUUUACCUUUAUUUAACUAGGCAAGUCAGUUAAGAACAAAUUCUUAUUUUCAAUGACGGCCUAGGAACAGUGGGUUAACUGCCUGUUCAGGGGCAGAACGACAGAUUUGUACCUUGUCAGCUCGGGGGUUUGAACUUGCUACCUUCCGGUUACUAGUCCAACACUCUAACCAGUAGGCUACCCUGCCGCCCCACAUACACUGUCAACUGUGGGACCUUAUAUAGACAGGUAUGUGCCUUUUCUAAAUCACGUCCCAUUCAAUUGAAUUUACCACAGGUGGACUCCAAUCAAGUUGUAGAAACAUCUCAAGGAUGAUCAAUGGAAACAAGAUGCACCUGAGCUCAAUUUCGAGUCUCAUAGCAAAGGGUCUGAAUACUUAUUUAUUUAAUGAAUUUUCAAACAUUUAAAAAAAAAACUGUUUUUGCUUUGUCAUUAUUGGGUAUUGUGUGUAGAUUGAUGAAUAAGGCUGUAGCGUAACAAAAUGUGGAAAAAGUAAAGGGGUCUGAAUCAUUUCUGAAUGUACUCUUAACACCAUGACAUGAAGUCUCAGCAUGAUAUGUCACACCAUGGUUUGAAAUUAUACUCUUGGAUAAUGCACUAGUUCUGCAAUUCAUUGUUAAAAAGAGGGACUGACUGCUUGUUAAAUGGUACCAAUUAUGUCAAUGUUGGUUUAAUCAAGCGAAAUGGAGCAGAACUUGACAGUUUGAAAUGUGAUUUAUUUUGGGCUAUAAACUGCUAUUACUUGUGCACAUUUGGUUAAAUUAACCCAUUGAAUGUAUAGCCAUUACAUAUGUAAUACCGCUGAACUCCUUUCUGUUGCAUAAGACAGUGUGGUAUCAUUUGUUUGCAUAAGGUGUGAAUAGUCAGCAUUGUAAUGUGACCUAGAUAGAUGACUUUGUCAUCCGAAUCACAAGAUGCAGAGCACAGAGACGUCAUCAUUAACCAUCAAAUAGUAUGUAAACGGCAGGCUGUGAACCCAUGACAAUUAUACCAUUGUGGGGUUUAUAGUAUCUCAGAGGUAUACUGGUCCAAAAUCUCACUACCACUUCCAUUAUUUGUGAUGGUGGUCAGAGUGUUAAAUAACAUGGGGCUAUUCUGUAUCAUUCAGGGCAGUGUAACUGAACCCACAGUGUCAUGUUUCUCCCUGUUUUCCAUGUAUAAUUAAUGAGGGCCCGCUGGCUAAGGCAUGUGAGAUGGGGUAGGACUAGUGUUAGUGUUGGAUGGAAAUAGGGAGAACAUGUUAUUUUCUUUAUGGGAGGGGUUGGUUCACCACUGCAGCAAAUCUCCUCAGACACUCCAGCUUUCUCCAUAAGGUAAGUCCUCAAGGAAACUUUGUAUUUAUGCCAUGACAGCAAUACAUAUAAUAUUUAUACAAAACGAUAUAUAUUACAUGUAAGCUUUAUUUGACUAGGCAUGUCAGUUAAGAACCAAUUCUUAUUUACAAUGACGGCCUACUCCAGCCAAACCCGGACGAAUUGUGCACUGCCCUAUGGAACUCCCAAUCACGGCCGGAUGUGAUACAGCCUGGAUUCAAACCAGGGACUGUGGUGACCCAUCCUGCACUGCGAUGUACAGUGCCUUAGACCGUGGCGCCACUCGGGAGGCCUAAUAUUACUUACCACCUGUGUUCUAAUUAAACUGCCAUUGGAAUAAAACAUGCAUACAUUAUCAUUCAAUAA